UUGCGCAUGCGGGCUGCGCAUGUCUCCUCGUGAUGACAGCAAGUGACAGCACUGUUCGCUUCUGCAGUAGCCAGCAGUGUAAGACGGCCAACCGCGAACUAACAACUACUCUGAUUCGAGAAAUCUCAUGAUCGUCUUUGUUUGGAGAAAUAGUGAACGAAUAGUACACCUUAAUUACAGUAGUCACUGACCUCUCUGCCUGUGUGAGCUGGGGAAGAUGGUGAAGCCAGACAUCCACACUCUGGCCCACCACCUGAAGCAGGAGCGGCUGUACGUGGCAUCAGAGAAGCAGCUGAUCCAGAGGCUCAACAGUGACGUGCUGAAGACAGCCGAGAGGCUGUACCGGGCCGCAUGGAUCGCCAAGCAGCAGAGGAUCAACCUCGAUCGUCUUAUUCUCACCAGUGCGGAGGCCUCUCCGGCAGAAUGCUGCCAACAUGCCAAAAUGCUGGAAGACACACAGUUUGUCGAUGGCUACAAGACUCUGGGCUUCCAGGAGACGAUCUACGGCGAGUUCUUGGCCAGGUUAUGGGAGAACCCCAGACUGGUGGCUUCCUGUCUGGUGGCAGGAGAGAGGCUGAACCAGGAGAACACCCAGGCGGUCACACAUACAGUCUUUACCGCACUUUAUGGCAACUGUAUUAUGCAGGAGGAUGAAAGCUACCUUCUACAGGUGCUUCGAUACCUGGUGGAGUUUGAGCUGAAGGAGAGUGACAACCCUCGGCGCCUACUGCGACGGGGAACCUGCGCCUUCAGCAUCCUUUUCAAGCUUUUCACCGAGGGCCUGUACUCGGCCAAGCUCUUUCUCACCGCCACCCUCCACGAACCCAUUAUGCAGCUGCUGGUGGAAGACGAAGACCACCUGGAGACGGACCCUGCCAAGGUGACGGAGCGCCUCACUCCGGCCCAGCAGGAACGCUUCGGAGAGAAGGGCUCCGAGGGCUACAAGCAAAGGGUGCAGGCCGCAGUGGAGGCCAACGAAGCCAAGCUGGUCGCUCUGGUCAACAAGUUUAUCGGCUACCUGAAGCAGAACACCUACUGCUUUCCCCACAGCCUGCGCUGGAUUGUGUCGCAGAUGUACAAGACUUUGUCGUGUGUGGAGCGUCUCGAGGUGGGCGAGGUGCGCACCAUGUGUACAGACCUGCUGCUCACCUGCUUCAUCUGCCCAGCCAUAGUCAACCCCGAGCAGUACGGUAUCAUUUCAGACGCACCCAUCAACGAAGUAGCCCGCUUCAAUCUAAUGCAGGUUGGGCAGCUUUUGCAGCAGUUGGCCAUGGCCGAUGAUGAUGCAGACCCAAGGCGGAAAAGCAGUUUGUCCAAAUUUGAUAAGAGUUGUGUAGCCGCCUUUCUGGAUGUGGUGCUUGGAGGAAGAGCAGUCGAGACCCCACCCAUGUCCUCAAUGAACCUUCUAGAAGGCCUCAGUAGGACUGCGGUCUAUAUUACACAUAAUCAGCUACUCAUGCUGGUGGAUUUUGUGCGGAAUGUGAUGGCAGGGGACCACCUUCGGGAGGAGGAGCACAUGGCUCUGGAGACCCUGCUUGCCAAUGUGCCCCACUCUCGAACUGUGAAGAGCAACAGUCUGGAGCUGACCCCCUCCAACACCCCCCAGCUCUCCCCGGCUACCACUCCUGCCAACAAGAAGAACAGACUCCCUAUAGGACAACACUUAGCCGCUAUAACGUCCUGGGACCCCACCACCACCGCCCUGUCUGCUCACAUUCCAUUAGUAACCCCUUUUGCGGAUUAUGGCUUUUCAUUACCAGCCGCUCGAAGCCGCAGCCGUACCAACAUCGCCCAGGAGGGGGAGGCAGAGGCCAGCUCCCAGGAGUCCUUGCAGGAGCUGAUGCCAGAAGAGGUGCUGGUGAUUUCACUAGGAACUGGUCCUCAGUCUGUCCCUGGGAUGAUGUCAGAGAAUGAGGUUUUGAACCUGCAGAUGGCUGAUGGGGCCCAGGGGGACGGCCAUGCUGAUGAUACUAAGCUGCAUGGUAAACCAGACAAAACCCUGCGCUUCUCCCUCUGCAGUGACAACUUGGAAGGCAUCUCAGAGGGUCCGUCCAAUCGUUCUAACUCUGUGUCUUCUCUGGACUUGGAGGGAGAGUCUGUCUCGGAGCUAGGAGCCGGGCCGUCAGGGAGCAACGGGGUGGAGGCUCUACAGCUUCUGGAGCAUGAACAGGCCACCACUCAGGACAACCUGGAUGACAAACUGCGCAAGUUUGAGAUCAGAGACAUGAUGGGUCUGACAGACGACCGGGACAUCUCCGAGACGGUCAGCGAAACCUGGAGCACCGAUGUGCUCGGCAGUGACUUCGACCCCAACAUGGAUGAAGAUCGGUUGCAGGAAAUAGCAGGGGCCGCUGCGGAGAACAUGCUCGGCAGCCUGCUGUGUCUUCCUGGCUCGGGUUCAGUGCUGCUGGACCCCUACGGCUCCACCAUCUCGGAGACCACAAGUGAGGCGUGGAGCGUGGAGGUCCUCCCCAGUGACUCAGAAGCCCCGGACCUGAAACAGGAGGAGCGCCUGCAGGAGCUGGAGAGCUGCUCCGGGGUUGGCAGUACGUCCGAUGACACAGAGGUGCGAGAGGUCAGCUCCAGACCCAGCACCCCCGGCCUCAGUGUUGUCUCAGGCAUUAGUGCAACCUCAGAAGACAUCCCCAACAAGAUCGAGGACCUGCGGUCAGAGUGCAGCUCAGACUUUGGAGGGAAGGACUCCGUGACCAGUCCAGAUGGGGAGGAGUCAGGCCACGGAGCACAUCAUCUAACAUCUCCGCCCUCACAGACCGAUUCCUUACUGGCCAUGUUUGAUCCCCUCUCCUCCGCUGAAGGCUCCACUGGAACAAUAGUAAGGCCCAAAGUGCACUACGCCAGGCCCCCUCACCCUCCCCCCGAUCCUCCCAUCCCUGAAGCCAGCGCCCUGGGGCCGGAGACGCGGCACUCUCUCUUCACGCCCCACUGCCUGGCCCAGGCCGAGCUAGAGCACACCAAGCAGCGCCACUCCUUCCCCGACAGGCUGGUCCGGAGCCGCAGCUCCGACAUCGUGUGCCCAGGCCGCCGGCCCACUAGUGACCCCGGCCUCAACCGGCGGGUCGCUGUGGAAGAGCGAGACCCUGCCGGAGCCUUCACCUUAGGACCGUCCUCGUCCCCCAGCAAGGACUCCCUCAAAGGAGAGGUUGAGGACAGGAAAGACAGCGACGACGAGAAGUCUGAUCGCAACAGACCAUGGUGGAAGAAACGUUUUGUGUCUGCCAUUCCCAAAGUGCUGUAUUGGACGGCUGAGAGUGACGUCCCAGCUCCCAUAGCUGCCUUUCGAAAAAGGGACAAGCAGGAGAAAGACGACAUCCCGGAGCGUGUCCCCCAAGAUGACCCGAUGCCCAGACAGAGCUCGCAAGCGCAGGCAGCUGAAGACAUCCUGGACAAGUACAGGAACAUCAAGAGGACGAGCCCGAGUGAUGGAGCAACAGGAGGAGCUUCUUACGAUGGUACAGGAGAUCUUUGUGUUGAGGACAGCGUGCACGACUCUCCUAGAGAAGAUGCUCUGCAGAACAUUUCUGCAGACGACCUCCUAGACUCAGCCAGCCAGACAGCACAGCAGCAUGACUGCAAGUUCUCUUUCAGUGAUGCAAAGAAGAAGUUGCGGUUGGCGUUGUGUUCUGCAGACUCAGUGGCUCUGCCCAUCAUGAUUCCUGCAACAACACGGAACGGGCUGCCUGACCACAUGGACUCUGAAGAAAAUUUGAUCGUCUGCUUCCUGAAGAUUCAGCUAGCAGAGGCCAUCAACCUGCAGGACAAGAACCAGAUGGCCCAGAUCCAGGAGACAACUCGCUGCGUCGGCCGCUUCGACCCACGCACCUGCAGGAAGCUGCUCGCUGCCAUCGCCGAGGAUUACAGAAAGCGGGCACCGUACAUAGCUUAUCUAACCCGGUGUCGCCAGGGCCUGCAGACGUCCCAGGCCCACCUUGAGAGGCUCCUCCAGAGGGUGCUCCGAGACAAGGAGGUGGCCAACCGCUACUUCACCACCGUGUGUGUCCGCCUCCUUCUGGAACACAUGGAGGCCAAGAUGCUCGACUUCAUUAAAGCGUUCCAGGUGUGCACAGCGUCGGAUGACAAGACUGCCGCCGUGGAGGAUUUUCUGCGCUACUUGUACGGCGCCAUGGCCCGUGACGCCAUUUGGCAGUACGCUAGCGAGGACCAGCUGCAGGACGCCCAGAUGGCCAUCGAGCGCAGCGUCAUGAACCGCAUCUUCAAACUGGCCUUCUACCCCAACCAGGAUGGAGAUAUUCUCCGAGACCAGCUUUUCCAUGAACAUAUCCAGCGGCUCACAAAAGUAGUGACGGCCAAUCAUAAAGCUCUUCAAAUCCCAGAGGUUUACCUGAAGGAGGCUCCCUGGCCCUCUGCACAGUCCGAGAUCAGGACCAUCAAUGCGUACAAGACACCACGAGACAAAGUCCAGUGUAUACUGCGCAUGUGUUCCACCAUCAUGAACCUCCUUAGUCUGGCCAAUGAGGACUCCGUCCCUGGAGCGGAUGACUUUGUCCCUGUACUGGUCUUUGUCCUCAUAAGGGCAAACCCGCCCUGCCUGCUGUCCACCGUUCAGUACAUCAAUAAUUUCUACGCCAGCCGGCUGAGUGGGGAGGAGUGCUAUUGGUGGAUGCAGUUCACCGCGGCGGUGGAAUUCAUUAAGACCAUCGACGAUCGCAAGUGAAGCAGAACAGCCACCUGUAUGGGCAGACUGCGGGGGAAGGAGCCGGGAGACUGGGAGCCUUCCCAACCAACUGCUCCCUCUGCACAGCUUAGAAAGCCUGGCCCUCAGCCUGCUCCGUAUUUGUAUAGCUUGUAAAUAGCCAGAGACGUUGAAAGAGUACAAAAAAAAUAUAUAUUACUGUAUGUAUGUAUGUGGACAAAUCCAGGUUUGAGCCGGGCUGAAAAACAACCAAACAGCCUUGGGCAAAGAAAUUGGCAAGAUCUUAGCUCUGAAACCUGAUUCGGAUUUUUCUUUCUUUUUUCCUCUUUAAUCACAUUUGGGGUCCGUAUUAGGAAUUUUAUAUAUACGCAAACAACAAUAUGACAUUAAAUCAAUCUAAAAGAUAAUCCUAUAUAAAGGGACCAGACUUCCUUGAUGUGAUCACUGAUCUUUUUAUCCCCCCCCCCCCCCCAAUUAAAUUACAAUAUAAAUGUUCAUUAAAUGCAUUGUAACGUGGGGAUAUACAGUGCGUGGUAGUUACUGAUUAGAUUUAGUGACUCAUUAACAAUGAGAUCAAUUCCAUACUACUCAUUAGGUAAGUGUAUCAAAACAACUAGGGCAGCUUUUUCAUGGAUUGUUUACUUCAUCUUUAUUCCCAACAAACAAGUGUGUCAGUGACAAUUUGGACAUAAGGGCCCACAUAUUUAUAUGAAAUAAAAAUGUAUUUAUUUCUGUAGUUCUAUUUAAUGCUUUUGUUUGUCUAAUUUAAAAAAGAAAAAAAGAGUGCAUUUCAUGCCCAUUCAAGAUGUCUAAGGCAAGUGAUUAUAUGUAAAGUAAAUAUACUUGCUAGAAAAGCUCAAGUUAGGAAGGCACCUUAGCGAUGAGUGGGUGGGGGUUAUGAUACAGGGUCAACUCAUGCACAGAGUAGUGGUGGCAUUUCUGGAAAUAUUGAGAGAAAAAAAUGUGCCUUUUUUAACAUGGGGCGCUCUGUACAGGUAGUUAUAUUUGACUAUUAUUUUUAACCCAGCAUAGGCAUUAUUCCCCCCCCCCCCCCCCCCAUGGGCCAACCACAUCUCACUGAGAAACCUUUGUCCCGCCCUUGCCGCAGGAACAUCCACAUCCCUGAUUGUCAUGGCUCAGUCCCUUUUUAAAUGCACUUGAAUUUGAACAAAUAUCCCCUUUUGGUAUUCUAGAUCCUACCUCAGAGUUGAAACCAAUGACCCUGAUUAUGACUGUCCUGCAUUGGUUGUCAGCAGUACUGGAUCCUUUUUUUUGCACUGGUAAGAAGUAGUAAAACAGUAAAGGGAGGAAGGGAGGAAAAGUUGGAUAUUGACCUGCUGUGAUGCUUGUUGAUCUCACAUCACCCAUAUGACAAUAAAUCAACGUUUGUUAGCGAACAAAGACCUUUUUAGUUUCUAAUUGCGUACCUGAGAAGGGCACAUUAGUGAACUAUAGGAUAUUAGCGCUCUACCUCCUUUAUAAGUUCAACAAAGGGACUCGUCUUUAUGCACACUUAUAUAUAUUUUUUCCUCUCCCCAAUUUGGUGUGCUGUGAUAUCCCAGUGUCAUUGUAUCUUUCCACAUAUAGUACAAGCAUGUCUUAUGCAGAAAUGACUAAAAACUCCUCUCUCCUUCAAAAUCCUCUGCUUCAUUUUUGUGCACAGACGUGCCACGUGUAUUAUAGUUUCCAAUAAUUCUUUACUUUUCACAGUAACUGACCUUACAGCACAAUACACAACAAGAUAGAAGAGCAAAUAAUCAACACUAUUGACUUGUUACUGAUUAUUAUUUUUUUCUUCUUUUCUUUUUCGUACAUGCUAAAGUGGUUGGUGUAGUACGUGAGUGUGGUUUUUAACGCGUGCGUGUGAGAUGACUGUGUGAUUGGUUGACCCCUUGCCUCCUCUUGCAUGAAGUCACUGAGUGGUCUGUACAUUCUCUAUCAUGAUCAACAGUAGAGUGGCGUUAGCAUCUGCCGCAGGCCUGUAAUUGAACCUGCAAGAGGAGGCAAAGCUUCUUUUUGUCCGUGACACUUGCAUAUCAGAAUUCGAUUUAUUUUUGCACAAAACAGAUGUUUCCCUGUAAGAAUUGACAGCAGGGUGACCUCUGAAACAUCAUUAGUUCUGCCCUCUCCAGUAAUUCAACAUAAAAGUAUUCAAAUAAUGUUUUGAGGGACAGGUUACUUUUUUAAGCUUCCACGUGCAUUUUUUUUCUUCACGUACAUCCAUCUAGUUACACCAGAUUCAAAUGUGCAGUAUACUUCCUUGCAGUCUCUGUAAUCAAUUUAAUGAGAAAACCAUGCACUGGAAAAUCAAGUUGCAGGUUGCAUCUAUACUAAUUAGGUUCAUGUGAUGUCCCUUUACUUGGGAAUGCAUACUGCACAACUCUGAUGAAAUUAUUUGGACCUGACUUAUGUUUCGGCAUUUUUCCUAAUAGCCGGUUGCAGCAGCCAUACACAUGACCCUAAUGAAGUACUGAUCAAAACACCCGAUUAUUCACAAACAAGUACACAUGACUGUGAUAGCGACAGUAAUUUAAGCUCCGAUUAUAUGCAAACUACUGGGCACUGGUGUCAAGUGUUGGGUCGAAGCUUUACUGCUCUGCUCCCUGUACAAUUGAGUUAAAAAACUGAGCAGAGGAAGAAAAAUAAAAUAAAAAUAACAGUUCCACAUCUUAUUUUACAUUUAAUUGUAAGGUUGCACAAUUGUGACAUGCGGGGAGAGCCGGUUUGUCUUUACUGUGAUUAAUGCAUUAUGUCAUUCUUUAAAAACAAUAAAAGAAGCAGAUGUUU